CUCAUUCAACCUCUCGCUAAGCUCCAAGACAGCCAAAUUUCUCUUUUGAAGAAGGGUAGCGCGAUGGCGAUAGCAGAUCUUGGGAUCUAUAGUCUUCUUCCGUCAUUUUCCAAAAUUGUUGAAACAAUAAUGUAUAGCAGGAUGUCAAAAGGCAAUAAUAUUUUCUACUCGCAUGGAGUCGAAAUUAACUUGAGUUGUUUACGCUCACUGACAUCGCGUAUUUACACGCUUACACAUUGCCUUGUCAGUAACUUGCAGUUAGGUAAACGUUUAGUUAGUAGAUACGGUAUAUAAGAAUGAACGACGCACUGCUGCUCUUGUGUUUGGGACCAUUCUGACCUGUGGAUGGAUGUACGUUCUCCUGCGUUUUGACUAAUAAUACAUGAUUGGAGUAAAUCAAAAUGCGUAGUGUUAUAGCCUCGAUUGCUUUCUUUUUCCUUCUUGAGUGCUCCUAUAUUACUGCGCUUCGAGUUCCGACGCCGCUCGUGAUAUGGCAUGGAAUGGGCGAUACAUGCUGCAAUCCACUAAGCAUGGGCAGAAUAAUAAAAAUGGUUGAAAAUCAAAUUUCAGGAAUUUAUGUACAUUCGCUUCAGAUAGGAUCCACGUUUUCUGAAGACACUUUGAAUGGUUUUUUGAUGCCAGUUCCUGAACAGAUAGAACUCGCUUGUAGUAAAGUACAAAAUGAUCCUCAUUUACAAAAUGGCUUUAAUGUGAUGGGAUUUUCGCAAGGUGCUCAGUUUCUGAGAGCACUCAUUCAGCAAUGUGAUGGUAUAACAGUCCAUAACCUGAUUUCGAUUGGGGGGCAACACCAAGGUGUCUAUGGAUUUCCAAACUGUAUGGGUGAUGAUAUUGAAAUGUGUGAUUAUGUAAGACGACUUUUGAAUAUGGGAGCAUACUUUCCUCCUAUUCAAAACAGACUUGUUCAAGCUCAGUAUUGGCAUGAUCCGAUACACGAAGACAAAUACUUUUCUGAUUGUAUCUUUCUCCCUGUCAUCAACAAUGAUAAUGUCAGAAAUAGUACUUAUGUCAGACGUCUCAGAUCACUUUCGAAAUUUGUGAUGGUGAAAUUCAACAAUGAUACAAUGGUUCAACCAAUUGAAAGCGAGUGGUUUGGAUUCUAUGCUCCGGGAAAAGAUAACAACAUCUUGACCUUACAGGAAACAGAACUGUACAAGAAUGAUCAGCUUGGACUCAAAAAGAUGGAUGAAGCUGGAAAAUUAGUCUUCCUUGCUACAAACGGAGAGCAUUUGCAGUUUUCUGAUGAUUGGUUUAUUGAAAAUAUAGUUCCUUAUUUGCAAUAAUUGCUGGAGUAUUAUGGUUACUGCUUGUAAUAUAUAUAAUUUCCCUUCCUCCUUAAUUACUUCUACCUCUAAUUAUUCUUGUCAUUUGAUUUUCAUUAUGAAAAUUUCGCCAGUAAUUGUUGUGUAUAUGUGCGUGAAGUAUUAACAUAUUUUUAUGACCAAAAAGCUCAGAUGCUUUUAUUACAUUCUAUAAAUUUCUUUCCUGUUUUAUCGAGCUUGUUUGUGUUUCCCUAUAUGUAGCUUAGAUAGACUUCAAUAGUAUUUAGAUAAAUGUCAAUUAGACAGAUAAGUAAUGUCCUUAUUGCAUUUUAUGCAAAAAGUUUUGUGUUCUUUUUCAGCAGAUUUAACUCUACUGUUGCGAAUUUUAUUUAGUAUAAAUACACUGGAAAUGGUGGAGUAUGUUGCAAAGAACUUAAAUGUCGCAUGAAUACAUUAAACUGACUUUGGAUUAACAAUUCCUUACUUUUGAAUAACUUCUAGGUGUCUAUCUACUAUCUAAUUUGUUGUACUGAUUUUAGUUCAAGAUUUAGAAAAAAAAAGGUUUCUUUUACUGAAGUUAUGCAAUUUACUUUCUAUUUGAAAAUUUCGCUUGUAUUAUAUACAUCAUCUAUGAUUCCAA